AUGCUAAUUUCUGUGCAUGUGACCCACCAAUGCAAAGUUUUAGUCAAAUGGACUAUUGUAGAAGCAGAUGAAGGCAAUAUCGGGUUGACAUUUAGUCAAAUCUUCGAUGACUUGAAAGCUGGCCACAUCGAUGGAGUUGGGCCAUGGCCCUGGUUGAAUAUCUGUGAGCUGGUUGAACCCUUCGACGUGAGUAUCGACAAAGUUUCUGUGGGGAAAAACCCGGAGAAUUUGAUGGCAUGCAGCCCAAUGUUGGUGGCUAACAAAACUUGCAGUACAGAAAUAGAAAUACACUUUUGCCUCACCCAGAAUAGCUCAAGUAUUUAUUUUUUUCUAUUAAUAAUUUUUAGAGUGCUGUUGCCCAAUUAGGAAGCAUAUUAUCUGGAUAUGCAGCAUACCUUGACGAGAGGAACAAAGCCAUGAUUAAGCGUCAUUUUUCCUCAACCCCAGUAAGAUCACUAUCAUCCUCAGAGUCAAUCCACUUUCUCAACAAGCCUAUGUAUGUAGAUGAAAGUUUGUCAAAACUUGGAAGUGCAGUUGAGCAGUCUGAAGAUUUUGUGCCCGUAGUUGUAAGUGAAUUCUGCCCCCCUGACCGAAGGAAAAGAUAUCUCUUCACUCAGCAGCUUAAGAAAGGACUGUCAUCAAAUGCUAACAUUGUCCUUUAUCAGUACAGUGCUGGGGGUAAUGCUGGAAAUGCCAACUUUGUGUGGAAAGUGCCAAACCAUUGCUCUGCUGAAGACUUAGCCAAUAGAAACAUGCAAGUUGUUAGAGACAUUGAGAAGGACAUACCAAUGUACCAGACCAGAUUUGCAAGGAGAGAAUUCUGUGAAACCUUUGGCAAGUUUAGCGGCACUCCAUCACACAUCCUUAGAGAGAUGUUUAAGCAAUUGACAGGGGAUAAAUCUGCUUCAGAAUACCUCAGUGAAGCACAGAUUGAUGAAAGAGUUAAAACAGCUAUCCUCUCAGAAGAUAAUGAAAUUGUUGCUGAUUUGAGACAUUUUAAUGAAAACACCAGUGGAUCGGACAGUUUACAAACUUAACUAUUUGAAGAUGAUUAAUAAUUUAUAACUUUAGUUUGUGAUGAUUCUAUUUGAUUUAACCUAUUUGAUUUGCAUGGUAACUUGAUUGAAUUAGUGAUUAAGUGUUGACAAAUGUGCAUGACAUAAUAGUAUCCAGACAGUAUUGAAGGCAAGUAUCAUAUUGAGAUAUUGAGACAGUGUGCGAGAGCAUAUAGAGAGCUGAAGUAUAUCGAGAGUUUAUCAAUCAGUGGAGACCCACUCUUCAGAAUGUAUUAAAUAUAUUACGAAAAUCUCUACUGGAUUGUGUGUGGUUUUGCUCAAUCGGAAACAAGUUCUGAAGAAUGGUUUAAAAUCGGUGCCGAGUUAGCAGGCAAACAAGACAAAGUUAUGUUGGUGAAAUCAUGAGCGACAACGAGAAUAGCAGUCCAAGCCAAAGUGGUUCAAACCAAACAAGUAUGGGAAAGACUCGGUAACACAGGGUGAGUCAGACGAUCAUGAGUAA